AUGAACGAGGGUUGCAAGUGGGUCGAGAUGUUCGAGGAUGUUCGUGUGGUCGUCUUCUGCGUGGCCCUCAGCGAUUAUGAUCAGGUGUGGGUGUCUUCAGACGCUUCCCGUGAGCCCCACCUCACGAACCGUAUGAUUCAAAGCAGGGACUUCUUCGAGUCCAUGGUCAAGCACCCAUGCUUUAAGGACACCCCAUUUGUCCUCGUCCUCAACAAGUAUGAUUUGUUCGAGGAAAAAGUCAACCGGGCCCCGCUCGGAAAAUGUCAUUGGUUCAGUGACUUCAGCCCGGUCAGGCCCCACAACAACACACAGUCCCUGGCCCAACAGGCCUACUUUUACGUGGCCAUGCGGUUUAAGGACCUUUACGCUUCCUUAACUAGCCGGAAGCUUUUCGUCUGGCAGACACGGGCCCGAGAGAGGCCCACAGUGGACGAGGCCUUCAAAUACAUACGAGAGGUCGUGAGGUGGGACGAGAAGAAGGAGGAUAUGUACUAUGCAGCCGGAGGGGAGGACUCGUUUUACAGCACAACUGACGUGAGCACGUCCCCAUUUGCCCGCCAAGAGUGA